GUGUAUGAUUCUGUGUGUGUGUGUGUGUGUGUGUGUGAGUGAUUGUGUGAUUCUGGGUGAGUGAGGGAACAACGUAGGCCAUGGCUUUAAUACUUUUUUAACAGUUCUCUGCCCUCAGCUUGGGCAGCUAUAUAAACACGUGGACACUGAGCACCUCAGCAUUGUGGUUCAGCCCAAAGUUCACAGAGCCAACAUGCAGGCGGACUUCAAUGGCACCUGGGAGUUGGUGAGCAAUGACAACUUUGAGGGGUACAUGAAGGCACUAAACAUCGACUUUGCUACACGUAAAAUCGCAGUGCAUCUGGCCCAGACCAAAGUGAUCAUUCAGGAUGGAGACAAAUUUGAAAUCAACACUUAUAGCACCUUCAGAAACUAUGAGCUGAUGUUCACUUUGGGUGUGGAGUUUGAGGAGCACACGAAAGGACUGGACAACAGGGUGGUCAAGAUUUGUGACUUAAUCUUGACAGGCUCUUGUGCUUUGGGAGGGGGCAAAACUAGUGUGUACCCAGAAGGGGGAAAAGGCCAACCGCGGAUGGAAGCACUGGAUUGACGGAGACAAACUGUACCUGGAGCUGAAGUGCGAGGACAACGUCUGCGUGCAGGUCUUCAAGAGAAAACAAUAGGAGCCUCAUCUGUAUAUGCUUUACUGGAUUAUAUUAAUUCCCUAUUUCAUACCAUGUUUCCAUAUUAAACGAUUGUUGCCAUUUAAACCUGUCAUAUUGUUGCAAACUCAUAACACAACAACCUCCGAAUAAAGAAUUGAUUAUUGUACUUUCA